AUGGGAAGUAUAGCUGAGAAAUGGCAGGUGCUAAGCGGCAGCACAAACUGGGAGGGCCUAAUAAACCCUCUAGACAUUGAUCUCCGUAACUACUUAAUUCACUACGGGGAGAUGACCCAAGCAACCCACGACGCCUUCAACGCCGACUCGGCCUCCAAGUUCGCCGGCACCUGCCGCUUCUCGGAGCCCAAUCUGUUCGCCAAGGUGGGGCUACAAAAGGGCAACCCCUACAAGUACGAGGUUACUAAGUACUUCUACGCCACAUCCUCGUACACCCUCCCAGACCCCUUCAUCGUCAAGUCCACUCCGAUUGAUGCGUGGAGCAGGGAGUCCAACUGGAUGGGGUACGUGGCGGUGGCCACCGACCAGGGAAAGGCGGCGCUCGGAAGGAGAGAUAUAAUUGUUUGUUGGAGAGGCACAAUCCGACCGUCGGAGUGGGUUAAUGAUUUCGAAUUCUCGUUGGUACCUGCGACAAAGAUCUUCGGUAAUGGUGCUAAUAAUAAUAAUGCUCCUCAAGUUCAUAGAGGCUUUUACUUCAUUUACACUUCUGAGAAUCCCAACUCCGCUUUUAAUGCUACUAGCGCAAGAGAUCAAAUUUUGAGUGAAAUGAAAAGAUUGGUGGAGCUAUACAAGGACGAGGAAGUGAGCAUAACAAUUUGCGGACACAGCCUAGGAGCAGCACUUGCAACCUUAAACGCAAUCGACAUAGUCACAAACGGAAUCAACAAAACAAGCGCCGGAAAAGCAUUUCCGGUGACCGGUUUAGCAUACGCAAGUCCCAAAACCGGCGACCACAACUUUAAGAACGCUUACAAUAACGCCACUCCCAACCUCCAUCUCUUGCGUGUCCGCAACGAACCAGACAUUGUCCCGGAUGUUCCUCCCGCGACUCCGUUCGGCGGCUACAGAGAUGUCGGGGUUGAGCUGAGGAUCAAUGUGACUAAAUCUGGUUACGUUAAACCGGUGUCGGGUGUUUGGAAUUGGCAUAAUUUGGAAGGGUACUUGCAUGGAAUUGCUGGGACGAAAGGGGUUGGGGUUCUUGAUGGGUUUGAGAUGGUAGUGGAUCGCGAUAUCUCGCUGGUUAAUAAGUCGCAGGAUUAUUUGAAGCAGGAAUAUUGUGUUCCUGGGAAUUGGUGGAUUGAGAGGAAUAAGGGAAUGGUUCAGCAGGAUGAUGGAUCUUGGGAAUUGAUGGGUAUUGAUGAGGGGUAUAUUCCACUCCCACCAUAA